GUUGCCCCACAGAUCUACAAGAGGAAAUAGAACAUUUUCCUCUCCACGUGACAAAGUCUUUCAUCAAGAGAUCCAUUAGCUAGUAGGCGUCUGUCUGUCUCACAGCAUCACCUAUUCAUUACUGAAGAAAGGCACAAGAUGUCCCACCAGAUAGUUGGGGUGAUUCUAAUCUAUCUGCAAAUGACUGCUUCAGGAAAAGAGAUACAAAUCCUGCAAAGCCCAGCACAGGUGUGGCUGAAAUCUGGGGACACUGCACAGCUGCACUGUAAAACAUUAGAAGACGAAGUGAGCGCAAUGUGGUACAAGGAACAGAGUGGAAGUUUACGGUGGAUUUACCGGAGUUCUGAGUUUGCAUUUCCAGAUGGAAAAUACUCAAGUGCAGCGAACACUGCGGCAAACUCGUUUUCUCUAAUUAUCAGUAAUGUACAAAGAGAGGACUCGGGGGUUUAUUACUGUGGGCUCUUUUCCUUUAUGUAUCUACAGCCCAACUUCGGGAAUGGGACCAGAGUAAUUGUCACAGAUGCCUCCGAGCCGAGUCUUUCCAUCCUGGUACCCUCUGUCCUGGAGGAUGCUGAGCUUCCCCGCAUCAUUCCUCUGCUCUGCCUGCUCUCUGAUUUCACUCCUCCCUGGAGUGCUGUUCUCUGGGGCCUGGGUGAGGAGGUGUCUGAAGGUCAGAUGGAUGCUGGAGCCAUAGACGGGAACGGGGUCUUUAGUGUUUGGAGCCUAAUGACAAUCCCGUCUGAGACAUGGAACCAGGAGACAAUCUACAAUUGCACAGCCAAGGAGAGCAGCACGGGGAGAAGCAUCAAUGUUACAGUCUCCAGGGAAACAGAGAGAAGAGACGCUGGAGACUGUGGGAUUGUGUUCUACGCUGGGCUGCCCUGUAUUUUCAGCCUUCUCCUGAUCCAGCUGUUGAUCUUGCUCUGGAGAAGGUGCCCCGGCAGAGGGAGAGCUGUGCAAAGACAGAAGGAAAUACCAAUGAGGCAGAUCCCACAGACUGAAUAUGCGACUCUGCCGUACAACAGCAGAAACGCUCCUCGGUGA